UCUGUCUCUCUUGCCGAGGAAAACAAAACCAGAGAGAUAUACAUACAUACAUAUAUACAUUCGUUGCAUAUCCAUUUGCGCACGUACGCAUCUGUAUCUCUAUAUGGAGAUUGCAAACUGAAGCAACAAUCCUUUAAUCGCGAGUUCGCAGUAGCUCUCUACCAGCUUCAUCUGCUCCGACCUCUCUGCUUCUCCUAUGGAGCCUAGCAUUGAUAAGGAGAAAGGUCAGGGUGGCGUUAACAGCUCUUCUAUCCAGAGUCCCCUGAAUAACAUGACAAGGGAACCAAAUGAUGUUGAAGGUGCUUCCCCUGUGGUUUGUGAGACCUCUCCUGAGAAACCCAUAAACACUAAUUCUGGAGGAGAACAAGUAGAUAAUUGCACAGAGGAUGAUGAGGAUGAAAAUAGUGAAAAUGCUCAAAACCAAUUAGUGCUAUAUGAUCCUUCAGUCAAUGGUGCCAGUGAAAUUACAUCUGUUACUGAUCAGUCUCCUCCAACAUUGCAAAGAGGGUUAUUUCCAAAUCAUCUGUCCUAUGUGCAGAGGCCUUUGCCAUCUGUAGGAGCUUUUACUGUUCAAUGUGCAAACUGUUUUAAAUGGAGGCUUAUCCCAACAAAGGAAAAAUAUGAGGAAAUAAGGGAACACAUCCUGGAAGAUCCUUUCUUUUGUGAAACAGCUCGCAAGUGGAGGCCUGAUAUAUCAUGCGAUGAUCCACCUGAUAUUACUCAGGAUGGCAGUAGGCUUUGGGCAAUUGAUAAACCAAAUAUUGCUCAGCCCCCUCCUGGCUGGCAACGGCUUUUGAGAAUCAGAGGUGAAGGUGGCUCCAAGUUUGCAGAUGUGUAUUAUGUUGCGCCAUCAGGCAAGAGAUUUCGCUCCAUGGUUGAAAUUCAGAAGUACUUGGAGGAACACCCAGAAGUAGCUGAAGGUGUUAGAAUGUCUCAGUUUUCAUUUCAGAUUCCAAAACCUCUUCAGGACGACUAUGUCAAGAAACGUUCUCAUCGUUCAACACUUUCACACGAUGACACUGCUCCUGGAGUAGCAGGAUUAUUCGAAGCCAAUCCAAUCUCAUGGGCUGCUCCAGAUGAGGAUACAGACUUGCGGCUUGGUGGGCCAGGGCUCUCCACUCACCCUAGUACCCCAGUGUCCAAACCUUUAAGUCCAUCCUCAAAGAAAAGGAGGACACCAUCUAAAAUGAUGUCCAGUGGUGAUAGUUAGAAGAGCUGCAUCUGCUUUGUUUGGUACCUGAAGUCUUUUCUAAAUCCCUUUUUGCUGCCGGGCUUCAAUGUGCUAUGCACAUCUUGUAUCUGGCUUCCCAAAAACUGAUAACGUCUGAUGAAACCUCUGAUUGUGAUGACUUGUUUAAGGUUUCAUGAUUUUGACGUUCUCUGAGUGUGGUUAGUGAUUGUGGAAAGAAGUAUUACAAGUGUGUUAAAGGUACAUUAGAGAGAGAGAGAAAGAGACGGUAAGACUACGUAAAGAUAGACAGAGAUAUUCAUUGUUAUGUGUUUGUUUACACAGACGAAGAUUCAUCCCAUGAAAGGCUUCUUGGACAGAAUCUGUGGAGCAGCUUACUAUUGAUCAUGUCGUUAGAAAAGUAGGACUAUUAGACUGUAAAAAUGAGACUGCUAUGCUAAUAUACAAUUUCUUUUCUGCA